CCCACAAGCCACAGGGCAUGGCCAAGGCAUAAAAUAAUUUAAAAAUAAAAUAAAAUAUUUAAAAAUUAAAACAUUCAGGCACCACAGAAAAUGAAACUAUUAAUUAAGACUUCUUAGAAUGUUCUGUCAAGACUCACGGCGACCCUACCAGGGGUAGCAGGAUUUGGAAAGCAGGUUCCUCAUCAACUCCUCCUUCCAUGUUUUGUCUCCAGGUCAGGGAUUUUAUGUUACAUUCAGUGACCUUUCUUUCUUUAUCAUCCCCUCCUCAGUGUUCUCUGGAGAGAACAGAGGAGGGUGUGCAGAUGCUGAAUCUACCUCCUCCCAUCUCCCCACUUGUAUUUCCCAUAAGAACUUCUUGUUUUCCAUUCUAUGCACUGGGCUUCCUCCAGCCAGGUCUAAGUUUGUUUUUCUGAGCAUUGGUUUCAUCCUGGGUGUAAUAAGGAAGUUGUCAAGCGAAACUGUUUUUUCCGGAGUAGCUGCAGUAAGCCUGCUAUCUCUGGGGGAGCAGGAAGCAGCCCUUGGGAUAGGAUGGGCAGGUGGCGGGGGCGGGGGCCCGGAUUGGCUGUCCAUGAGCUCACCCCCUGGGCAGCAUGAUAUAUAAGGUUCUGACCAAAGCAUCUUCUGAGACAGCCUGGAAACCGGCAGCUUCAUCUCCCUGGGAGAGCUGGAACUACUACCCCUCAUUGGAUACACCUUCCAGCAGACAGGGAAUGGUGCCCAGACGUUGUGGGCAGUACCUGACGCGGAGCCCCUUGAUUGGGAGCUUCCGAUGACAAGUGUCCUGCGACAGAAGCGACUUCCAUGCUCUGAAGCUGACUGAAUGAUACUCUCCUUAGACGACUGGAGUAGUAGUGCAAUGGAGCCUCUGUGGGGCCCGAGGAAGCCUCUGUCGUGGAGGAGAGCCAAGUCUCUGGAGAGGCUGCAGAACGCCCAGAAGGAUUCAGAGUCGUGGGACUGCCAGGGCCCUUCCCUGCCCACCGGCCCCUUCAGGGGAGGUCUUUGUCGGACGGCCAGUGAUGGGGCCAGAUGUCUCAAGAGUCCAGUUCAGUCUGUGGAGGCUCAGGACACCACAGCUGCUGCCCCCAGCCCAGAGGAGACCAAGGACCUUCUCAGCGAGCAGAGGCCUUUGCAGGACGCCAAGAAGGACAAGGCCCAGUGGCAGGCCCCUCAGGGGUGGCUGAGGUUUGUGGUGAACUUAUUCUUCAGGACAGGCCCUGAGGAGCCCAAGGAAAAGACCAACAAGAAGGCAAAGGGGAAGGAGGGCCCCUCCGAGCCCACAGAAACCCCCGAGAGCCUGGGCGAGCCAGCUCCCAGGAAGAAGGCCCACAGCAAGAAGGCCAGCCGCAAGAAACACAGUCAAAGGAAACGCAGUGCGGAGGAGGCCAGGGGGGCCCGAGACCAGGAGGCCGAGGGCCAAGAGGCCAAGGCGGCUGAGGCCUCACGCAGCGAGGGGGCUGACCUGGGCCCAGCAGCCAGGGAGGAUAUCAUCAUCCAGAAGAUAGUGGAGCUGCUCCAAAAAGUGGGAGACCAGUGGGAGGAUGAGCAGCAUCAAGCCCUUCAGUCUGUGGUGACCCCACGAAACCCAGCACCAGUCGUCAAGAAGAAAUCCCAAGAGAAAAUGUCUAGCCUCAAGAGAGCCUUUUCUUUUAAGAAAUGUGGCUCUGAGGAACCCAAGAGAGCAGGGGCUGCCCAUGUUUCCAGCGCAGAGUCCCGGCAGCCCAAGAGGCCCAACUUUCUGCCCCUGUGUGUGGGCGGCCAUCGGCCCUCCAGCUCCAGCCUCCCCGGUGUGGAAGAACCUAAAGUCCAAGAGGCUGUACCUACAGAUGGUGGAGAUCCAAGUCCCUUUGAGCUUUGCACCCCAGCAGAAAGUGGGGGACCCAAUGAGGACCUGCAGCAGGACAGAGCCACAGAAUUCAAAGAAUUCAUCCAGAAGAUCAUUGCCCUACUCCAAGAUGCAGAGGAGCAGUGCAGAGACAAGCAACUUCAAGUCCAGGAGCCGGAGGUAGCUGUAGAAAACUUGGCCCCAGCCUGCAGGAAGAAAUGCCAAGAGAGAAAGUCAAGCUUCAGAAAAGCCUUCUGUAAAAAACACAGCUCCAAGGACCCCAAGAGAGCGGGGGCUGCAGGUGCUGCCAGCCCAGACUCCCGGCCACCCAAGAAGCCCAGCUUUCUGCCCCUGUGUGUCGGUGGCCACUGGCCCCCCAUCUCCAGCGACUCUGAUCCGGAGGAUCUCGAAUUCCAGGGGUCCCCACCCACAGAAGGGGAGCCAGUUGGAGCCCCAGAAGCACCCUCCCAGGCCAGAAGCCACAAGCUGGAAGCGGGACGUCAGCCGGAUGGAGCGAAUGAAUCCAAGGAACUGAUCAUCCAAGAGCUGGUAGCCCUUCUCCAAGAAGUGGAUGGCCAGUUGGGAAAGCAGAUCAAGCGACACCCCAGCUUUAAGAAAUUUUUCUACGAGCCCUCAGUCUCUUCCCUCAGAAAGCUCGUAGCCACGCUGCGCAGCCGAGGGGCCCACGCCACCGAGCCCAAGAGAACCUACCCAUUCGUCUUUGGCUUGGGAAACCAAGGUGCUGGCAACAAUUACCACACCGUCCUCAGUCUCACAGGCCUACAAUACAGGAGAUCCAGCUACGGCCAGUUCCCAUACGAGAAGGCCCAGCAGAACAUCACAAGUUCUCAGAUCCAGAGUCCAGAUUGAAAGCUGUGCUUUGCACUCAAGUUCCCUUGAACUAUGCAAACGUUGGUAGCUUCAGCCAGGGAACCCUGAAAACGCUCCAUGUUCUCCCAAUCCAGUGCUUCACAGACAUGACUGAAGACAAGCGUGGACAGCUGUUCUGUGUCUAUGCACCAUCGUGGGCUCAUUGAGACAGAGAAUGAACAAGGUGUUCGUCUACAAAACUGGAGGCAAAGGCCAUGGGGGAAAAUGCACUGGACUGGGAAUUAGGAGACCAGGACUCCACGUGCUGACCUACCUCCAAACUUGCUGCAAAACUCUGUACAAGUCCCACGUCCCUUCUCCUCUCCAGACCUUGGAUUCUGGGCUGGAUUAGUGACCCAUCAGACCCCUUCUGGUUUUAUUAUGCUAAAAUAUCUCUAAGGAGAGAUAGCAAACGCUUUCACUCUGUGGCUAAAUAUACCCACCCCACAUAGCUGGA